AAUGAUAAACGUCAAAUUCUCGUAAAUUUUUGUUGAUUUUAUUAUUUUUCUAUCGUAAAACCACGUCUGAAUUUAAAUAGAAUGAAAAAAUGGAAGUGUUAACUAGAAUUGUUGCUAAUAGAGCAUAUAAAAUAACAGCGUCUAGAAUAAUUUUAAAUCAAAUUGCUCACUACACAAGAUUGGCAGAAGUAGGCAAAUUAGAAGCUCCCAAAACAACUGGCAAAUAUGAGACAGGUCAAUUGAUUUUGCAUAAAGUAUUUGGAUACAGAGGGGUCAUUUUGUUCCCAUGGUUAGCAAGAGUAUAUGAUAGAGAUAUUAACAACAAGAAAGAGAAUUCAGAGACACCAGGUACGUCUGAAACAUCAGACACCCUGUCAAAUGUUGGGAAGGAAGUCAAAGGUCGGACUCAUACAUUUUAUCAAGUGCUAAUAGAUACAAGAGAUGCGCCAUACAUAAGGGCACAGACUGAGGCAGUUACAUUUCUUGGUAACCAAGAAUCAAGUCGCAGCCUUUAUGCAAUCCCUGGCUUAGAUUAUGUAGCUCAUGAUGACAUUAUACCAUACACAUCAGUGGAAAGAGUGCCAUUACAACAUGAACUUUUUGACAAGUUUCUCAUGCAUAACCCAGAUAAAGACCCUCCUUUUAUUGCCCAAGAAACACUUCGCGCUUGGCAAAAGAAGAAUCAUCCCUGGCUAGAACUCAGUGAUGUGCAUCGAGAGACUACAGAAGGUGUUCGCGUUACUGUCAUCCCAUUCUACAUGGGAAGUCGCGAAUCUCAAAAUUCUGCAGUAUACUGGUGGCGAUACUGUAUUCGUCUGGAGAAUUUGGGCGCAGCGGCCGUUCAACUCCGCGAGCGUCACUGGCGUAUAUUCUCUCUGAGCGGCACGUUGGAGACCGUGCGGGGGCGCGGCGUGGUGGGCCAAGAGCCGCUGUUGGCUAGACACGCCCCUGCCUUUCAAUAUAGCAGCCAUGUCAGUCUACAGGCGCCCAGUGGACACAUGUGGGGCACAUUUAGAAUGGAGCGCGAAGACGGCUACACGUUUGAUUGUCGAAUACCGCCAUUUUCGCUCGAGAGUAAACCCGACGAGGGCGCCCCUGUCGCACCAAACACGGCGCCCUGAUCGCAGCGCCCUCUACUUAAAACGACACUUGCGCUUCUAAAGGGAUGAUGACCUCCAAAUUCAAGGCUCUUUUAUUAACAAGUCUCGUACAUUUUACUGUCAGUAAUGAAUAAAACUAAGGUCGAGAUUCGAGUAAUUAUGAUUAAAAUAGGAAAAUUAAAAGGCGCCAGUUUGUAAAGCUUAAAUAUUUUAGAUUUGUUCGUCUACUAUUUCAUGUUUCGUCUAACGAAUUGUUACAGUCAUCAUCCCAAUCAUACCGAUAAUAAUGAAAUUAAGUCAUUAGCGUUAAUAGCUUGUAUGAUAAUAGUAUCCAAUAUAGAUUUUUAAGUUGUUAAAUCUAUAGACCUUUAAUAAAUUUCAGUAUUCUGUUA